CUCAUCCUCCAAACACCUUUCUAGUCCUCUCUAUCCCUCUCUCUAUAUAUGUUAACUAAUUAAUUAACGCCGCUGGUUGCUAGCUUUAAUAACCAUUAUAUAAUUAUAUACAAUUUCUGAAUAUUAUUAUUAUUAUUAUUAUUAUUAUUUCUUUCCCUGUUCGUCUCCUCCGGAUCCAUCGCUGCGACUGCAAGCUUCUUCCGACGCCACCACACAAACUCAGAGAAAAAGAUCGUCCCAAAUUCAAAUUGAAUUGAUGGGUUUGUUGUCACUACUGGAGGUGGCAUUAAUGCCCAAUUUACAAGUCCUCCUCAUUUGUUUACUCGGAGCCUUUUUGGCCACUGAUUACUGCAAUCUUCUUCCUGCUCAAGCUCGAACCUCUCUCAACAAGAUUGUGUUUACUGUUUUCACUCCUUGUCUCAUGUUUGCAAAUUUGGCCAAAACAGUCACCUUUCAAGACAUUGUUUCAUGGUGGUUCAUGCCAGUGAACAUUGGCCUUACCUUUCUAUUUGGAGGAAUUUUGGGAUGGAUAGUUGUUAAAAUAUUGAAACCCAAGCCAUAUCUUGAAGGCCUUGUCAUUGCAGCCUCUUCUUCUGGGAACUUGGGAAACCUUCUUCUCAUCAUCAUCCCUGCCAUCUGUGAUGAGGACGGUAGCCCUUUUGGCGACCGCGACACCUGUACUUCUCUCGGACUCUCUUAUGCUUCCUUUUCCAUGGCGCUAGGUGGGUUUUACCUAUGGACUUAUACUUACCAGCUAGUGAAAACCUCCUCCUUGAGAUUGAAAGCACUUGAAGUUGAAGAAGCAUCAGAGGAGAAGUUGAAAUCACCCAACCACACCUCCAAUGGGAACUUGCAAGCUCAUCUUCUGAAUAAACAAACUGGGGAACAAGACCAACUUCUUCCUGUUUCUGUCUCAUCAACCACCAACAACCUGCUGGAACAGGUUGAAUCCCAAGAAGCAGUGGGCAGCUUAGAGAAACGGGAAUCAUCCUCCAUUUGGGCUAAAACACUAGAGUUUAUGCACAGCAUUGUUGAAGAAUUGAUGGCCCCUCCAUCAUUAGGAGCUAUUGUGGGGUUCAUUUUUGGAGCGGUGACAUGGCUCAGAAAUCUCGUAGUUGGGGACAAUGCUCCCUUUAGAGUAAUCCAAGACUCUGUUCAACUACUGGGAAAUGGGACGAUUCCUUGCACCACUUUGAUAUUAGGCGGCAAUCUGAUUCAAGGGUUGCGGUCGUCAAAGGUGAAGGCAAGCACGAUCAUUGGAGUGAUUGCAGUUCGAUACUUUGCGUUGCCUGCAAUUGGAAUUUUGGUAGUGAAAGCGGCCAACGCAGUAGGGUUCUUAGCGCCGGAUCCUCUUUACCAUUUCUUGUUGAUGGUUCAAUACACCACGCCGCCGGCCAUGUCCAUUGGCACAAUGACUCAGUUGUUCGGUGUGGGUCAAGAGGAAUGCUCUGUUAUUAUGCUUUGGACCUAUUUGGCUGCUGCUCUCUCUCUCGCUCUUUGGUCUGCAGCUUUCAUGUGGAUCUUGUCAUGAUUCUUCUUCUUCUUUCAUUCUUUUUGUAAAGUCUAGUUUAUUAAUUGUUUGCCUUUGUCAACCCAUUUUACUGUAUCCAAAAAUAUAAAAGAGGAAAAUAGAUGAUAAAGAGUAGGUCAAUAGUCAUUCAGCCAUAUGGGUUAUGUUUUAUGUAUACAAAAAAUUGUUUCAGCACCAUUUUCUUCAUUCCUUGCAAAUCAACGGUGGAUGGAGCAUUAAAUAGUACUCAACUGAUUUUGAUUUUUCUCUCAAAAUACAAAAUCAAUAAUGUGUAAUUGCAUUUUCUACUUCUGAGAGUGGGGAAAAGAAAAAGGGUGUGAGUAAACGAAAACUUUGAAGAUUGAUUUCUGUAAUUGGGGUCGGGGAGAGGUUGUGUGAUUAUAGCAAUUUGUCACAUGGUAAAUUUUUCUGGUUCGUGUUUUUUCUCCAAUUGAGAAGUUUUUCACGUAAA